AUGUCUACGUAUCCGGAACUGUAUUUGCACAUAAAAACGAUGAAUAUCCUAGGAUUGGUAUGCUGCGACUGUCUACAGGAUGCAAGCAAACGCCUGGACAUCGACUGCUGCAGCAGCCAUGAAAGAAAGGCCAAAACAAAACUUUUCAUUGUGCUGCUAACGUGUUUUUCCACUCUCAUCUAUUGUUGCAUCUGUAUUCAGGAUUUUCAUAUUGGCAUUUUCAACGAGAUAGGAAAUCAUCACUUGAUACUGGUCUUUGCAUGUAGCAGUCUAAUGAUAUCCUGUUUCUAUGUGUAUUUUUAUGCAACGCGUUCAAGAAAUAUUGCCUUCCUUAAGGACAUCUUUCACUACUACAAUGACAUAUGCGAGCAAGGGGAGGCAUCAGCGAAAUCUUGUCGCCGCCAGUAUUUUCUUUAUGCGCAAAUCUCACUACUGAGCCUAUUGGUUUGCAUAAGCAGCUUUGUGCAAGCUGUAGAAAUGUGGACAGCCAAAGUGUCCCUCAUUGUUAUCCACUUCAGCUUCACCAUGGUGGUGGGAGUUAUCAUUUCGCUAUAUGUUAGCAUAGUCCGCAUGAUUAUGCUGACCAUGAAACAUUUAAAUGCUCAACUAUGUGACUGUACUAACAAGGGAUAUGAUUGUGCAAAUUUGAGAAAUCUCCAACAUAUAAUAGAACGGAGAAAUCGUUUGCUGGUGAUUUGUUAUAAGGAUCUUAAUCGCCGAUUUGGCCUAAUGUUGCUGCUGACUUUUGCCUACAUUAUACUGAUGGCUCCCUCAGGGCCAUACCUUAUAAUUGUGAGGCUUUUGAGGUUGCACAUUGACAAGGAUGUGUGGACCAUCAUUUUGCCAACGGUGGUUUCAAGCUUUUGGAGCAUACCAUGGAUAGUCAUUUUUGCCAUGAUGUCGAAGUGUGGUGGACUAACAACUGAGGUGAGUAACCAAUCGAAGAAAGAAAAUUAA